AUGACUGUCUCCAAAAGCAACGGCACGGUCCCCACUUCAGGCGACCACCAUAUCUGGCUGGUGACAGGGCCGGCUGGCACCGGAAAGACGACGCUGGCCACCUUCCUGGCCUCGAAGCUGGAUGUGCCGUACAUCGAGGGCGAUGAGUUUCACCCCCCAGCCAACAUUGAGAAGAUGCGCGAUGGCAUCCCGCUCACCGACUCGGACCGUUGGGACUGGCUGACAGCCCUGCGCGAAGAAUCGGUUCGCCGCAUAACUGAGGGGGGCAGCAGCUCCGUCGUGCUGACCUGCUCCGCCCUCAAGCGCAAGUACCGCGACGUCAUCCGCGUGGCCCCCUACUUCAACUCCAGCGUCCACGUUCAUUUCAUCUUCCUGCACGCCAGCGAGGAUAUCCUGCUGCAGCGCGUCUCCGGCCGCAAGGGUCACUACAUGGGCCCCGGCAUGGUGCAGAGCCAGCUGGACAUCCUGGAGCCGCCCAAGGAGGACGAGACGGACGUCAUGUACGUAGACGUGGGGCGCCCGUUGGAGGAGAUCGAGGCCGAUAUAAUGCAGCGCGUUAUGGGGACCAAUGGAAAUGCUUAG